GGGUCCGGAAGGCCAAUGGGGAGGCGGAGCGGCCGGUAUGAGAUGGCGGCGGGGAGCCGAGGAGCCGCUGAGCGGCGGGGCGGCAGUGAUGCCAUCUGCAGGUUUGUCAUCUGCAAUGACUCCUCCCUCCGUGGACAAACAGUCAUCUUCAACCCUGACUUCUUUGUGGAGAAGUUGCGGCAUGAGAAGCCCGAAGUCUUCACAGAGCUGGUGGUCAGCAGCAUCACCAGGCUCAUCGACCUGCCGGGAGCAGAGUUGGCCCAGCUGAUGGGGGAGGAGGACCCCAAGCUGCCUGGUGGCAUUGGCACAGCCUCUGGAUUCUUUCGGUCCCUAAUGUCUCUGAAGCGUAAAGAUAAAGGGGUGGUGUUUGGCUCCCCGCUGACCGAGGAGGGCAUCGCCCAGGUCUCGCAGCUCAUCGAAUACUUGCACAAGCAUCUGCGAAUGGAGGGCUUGUUUCGAGUGCCAGGGAACAGUCUCAGGCAGCAGAUCCUGAAGGAUGCCCUGAACAGCGGGGCCGAUAUUGACCUGGAAUCGGGCGAGUUUCACUCCAACGAUGUGGCCUCUCUGCUGAAGAUGUUCCUGGGUGAAUUACCUGAGCCCCUGCUGACACACAAGCACUUCCAAGCCCACCUCAAAAUUGCAGGCCUGAUGCAGUUUGAUGACAAGGGGAACAAGACCAGCACGCCGGAUAAGGAGCGGCAGAUUGAAGCCCUGCAGCUGCUCUUCCUGAUCCUCCCCCCGCCCAAUCGCAACCUGCUCAAGCUGCUGCUGGACCUGCUCUACCAAACGGCCAAGAAACAGGACAAGAACAAGAUGUCUGCCCACAACCUGGCUCUCAUGUUUGCACCCCACAUCCUGUGGCCCAGAAAUGUGACAGCAAACGACCUGCAGGAGAAUAUCACAAAGCUGAAUGACAGCGUGGCCUUCAUGAUCAAACACUCGCAGAAACUCUUCAAGGCUCCGGCAUACAUUCGCGAAUGUGCCAGGCUGCACUACCUGGGGUCCCGAGUGCACGCGUCAAAGGACGACCUGGAUUUGCUGACAUCUGCCGGGUCCAAGGAACUCCAGCCCCUGAAGUCUCAGAAGCGGAGCAGGCUGGAUCCGUCCCACCGAGAGGAGACGCAGCAGCACACGGAGGAGGCGCUGAAGGAGCUCUUCCACCACAUCCACAGCAUGCCAGACUCUGCUAAGAAGAAAAAGCUCAUCCGGCAGUUCCAUAAGCAUCCCGGCACUCUCACUCCUGGGCCCGAUGCACCGACACCCCCGGUACAGAGGCGCACCCGCUCCCGCUCCUUCAGCGGCCUCAUUAAGCGGAGGAUGCUGGGGAACCCACUGAUCUUGGAAAGGAAAAGCAGGGACUCCACACCGGAAUCGGAGGGAGCCAGCAAAGAGAACCUCCACCUGUUACAGAGACUGCCUGAUUCUCCAGCAAGUCAUGGCACCCGAGCAAAGCUGAAAUUGUCUGAGGGCAGGAAAGAGGACUCCCGUAAACAUCUGCAGGCCCUUGCGCCUUCCACCAAGGAGCCAACCAUCUGAGCAGCCAGGC